AGAAGCAAUAGCGCCAAUAGUUGCAUGUUACCUUGUCCCAUUUGUUCAGCCCCCUGAAGCCAAUCUAGAUCUAGGAAAGCUUGAAUUUGUUAUUGAGGUCUGGCCCAUGUCUCAGCUCUAGACGGGGAACAUAUAACAAGCACCCGCCCCCUUGGCAAGACCACGCUCAUUCUUGUCCCUUUUGAGACACGCAAGUAACAGUCGAAGUCAAUCCCGGGUGCCUUCAAGAUGGUCUUCUUUCGCAAGGUUAUCGCCUUCGCCGUCACGUCUCUGAUUUACCUCGGGGUUCACGCGAAGCCAUGUGUACCCGUGACGCCUUCGGGGUCAGCUACCUCGACGCCGGAUGCCCCGACGUCUUCAACCCCAACCCCGACCUCAACCGCAAGCGCCACGGCCAGUAUCGCAAAUUCCGGCUUCGAGGAUCCCAGUGAAGUAGACGGAGCAACUGUAUGGGAUGGAGCUCCCUGGAUUUUCAGCACCACACCGUCAACCUCGUCGGCAACAGUCAUGGAGCAGGAUGACACUACACCGGCUCACUCGGGCGAACACUACCUGUUCGUAAGCAUUCCAAAUCUGAACAACCCCACCUCCAUCUCCCAAACCCUUUCCGGCCUCGAUACCACCCACCAAUACACGCUCUCGUACUACUGGGGCCUUACCACCAAGCAAGAAAUCUACGACAGCCGCUGCCACGUCCAGGUCAGCAUGGACAGCCAGGUGUUGGACAACUCCAGGAUCGGCCGCAACACCCCAUACGAGUACUUCCAGUACAAAAUCGUGUUCACCCCGCCAUCCGCCGACCCACUCCUGACCCUCACCUUCUUCUGCGACAGCGGCUACUUCUACGGCGCCGAGCUCCUCAUCGACGACAUAACCCUGACAGCCUCCACACCACCAUGCACCGCCGUCGACCCGACCCCACCAGGCACCACCUGCGGCCCCCUGGGCCGCGGCCAGGCGGACGACGCCUACUCGUUCCAGAUGCCCGACAUCGGCGACUCGUCCACCGUCCAGAACUGCGCGCUCAGCUGCGCGCAGACCCCGCAGUGCGAGACGUUUGCGUACGCGGGCAACGGCCAAGGCGACGCCGGCUCCGGAGACGGCUGCGUGCUCUUCUCGGCGUCGCCGGACCGCCUCGGCUUUGUCGAGCUGGGGUAUGGGAGCGCGUACUACCAGCUUGAGUGCUUCCUGUGCGGUGGGGUUGCACCGUAGCUGACGGCCAAUUGCUUACUUGACUUACGUGAGGGGUGAUUGUUGCCAUGUUGUCUAGAAUGGGUUUCCCUGACUAAGACUCGGUGGUAUUUUCUCAUUUGGAACGAGCAUUUUAGAUGUUGAAGUACUUAAUAUACUUACAAAUGGGUGCGUGAACGGUAAUUAACGUAGACUCUCUUUAUCGGUGUCGCAAGCUGUUCCUAGACGUCCACAGCCGGCUCUAGU